AUGGGCGACCAGAGCCUGAGCCUGGGCAUCCUCAUCGACAUCGUCGACGAGCAGUGGAUGCGCGACACCCUCCCCGCCGACGACAUCCCCGUGCCGCCGGCGAUGGCCGUGAAGACCGAGGACACCGAGGACCCCGCACCCGCAAGAAUUAUUUUAUACCAAACAGAUCAGGAAAGCCUGCCAGCACAAGGGGACGUAUGGAGGGAUUUUGCCUUGGAGAAUAUCUAA